AUGUUGGCCUUUUGCAGCGUGAACGUGUGCCCGGUGGAGGAGGCCGGCUUUUCCCCCAGCCCCAUCCGAUAUCCCGUUCCCUGGACCGGCGGGGAUCUCUGCGGGACGAAAACGUACCUUCGGAACGACUGCUGUCCGGGAUACGCCAAGAUGGCCGGACUGCCCGGCUGCGCCCUCGUGAAGCCGCUCUCGAGCCUGGGCGAGACGGCGGAGUCGAAGAACGGGACGGCGUUCGCGCGGGAACUCGGGAAGAUCCAGGGUCUCGUCUCCAAGAACGCGCUCACCGUCUUCGUUCCCAUCGACCAGCCCUGCAAAUUGCAAAGUCUCAGGAUGAGCAUCAAAGUUAUUAAAAAGACAGAAGCCCCGCUAAAGAACAGUGAAGCAGUGAAACCUCCCCCUGGAAUAGGUUCCAGCAAGCCAGACAAGGCGACGGCCGGCCGAGACUUUCUACCGUCCGAGCGAACAGGGCUGCGCUGA